AUACAAUAGCACCAUAGCAGUGAACCUGUUAUCUCCAUUACAAUCUGCCUCAUACAUCAAAACCGUAUUCGAAAACACGUUUUCUCGACCAGCGAAACUUUUGGAGGGAAAGGCUUUGCCAUGGCUAACUUUCCUAAAGAUCACGAAGAUCCUGCUCUUACAUUACUGUCCUUGCAGCAAGGCCAGCCUAAUCCUGCGAAGGUAAAGAAUGCAUGGAGUAAUGUUGCACCAAUUGCAAAAUUGGAAGGACGUGAAUUCGAGUAUCUUGUCCGCCAAAACAAAUUAUCUGUUGGAAGAAACAGUAGAUUAGGAGAUGUUGACAUAAACAUGGGUUACUCCAGUUUUAUUUCAAGAAGGCAUCUGGAAAUAAAAUAUGAGCCACCAGAGUUUUUUCUCUCUACGCGUGGUAAAAAUGGUGUGUUUGUUAAUGGUCAUUUUCACAGAAAAGGAUCAGAACGUGUUAAACUCAAGAAUAAAUGUGUUAUUCGCUUUCCUUCUACAAAUAUAAAGAUAUGGUUUUCUUCACUUGUUGAUCGAAAUGUGCCAUAUAGACGUGUUCCGAGUCCACCAAGAACAAGACCUUUGAUACCAUUACGAAUUAGUAUUCCAGAUACAGAUUCUUUACACAGUUCGCUGGCACCAUCACCUUCUGGAACUAUCAGUGUUCCAAAUUCAUGUCCAGUUAGCCCUAAUUCCAUGAAUCCUCUCUCCGCAACAACUCAACAAAACCUAACAUCAGAGCUACUUGCUGCUGCUAGCGCUGUGAAUGAAGAAAAAGAAGAAGAAAAAGAUAUGGAGGAUGAAAAUAUGGAUGAUUUUUUUGAAAAGUCGCAGGACUCAAGUGAUGAAGCUACAACUCCAACUGUUACUUCACCAGUUAUUCUAGAUGGUAAACCAAGAAAUCCUGGUGAAAAACCACCAUAUUCAUAUGCACAACUUAUAGUGCAGGCUAUAACCUCCGCUACAGAUAAACAACUUACAUUGAACGGCAUCUAUCAAUUCAUAAUGAAAAAUUAUCCUUACUACAGAGUUGAUGAUAAAGGUUGGCAGAACUCAAUUAGACACAAUCUUUCGUUGAAUCGUUAUUUCCUAAAAGUCCCACGUUCACAGGAUGAACCUGGAAAAGGAUCGUUUUGGAGAAUUGAUCCCUCAUGUGAAUCUAAAUUAAUGGAACAAGCAUUUCGAAAACGAAGACAAAGAGGUGUUCCUUGCUUUAGACCACCCUACAUUUCUUCAAGAUCUGCACCUGCUUCUCCAACGCAUGGGAUGAUGAUGCCGCCUCCUUUCAAACCAAUGACAAGAAGUGACAGUAUAUCUGAUGAACAGCAGGUUCCUCAGCUUGUUCAAAGAACUAACUCCGAUGGAGUGACUAGUGAAAACCAUGUUUCAAAGGUAUUAGUAAGAACAACUGUCGAUUCUAUUCCACAUCUUACUUCACAAACUACCAGAUUUCCACCAGCACUUCAACCAUUAAAGGUCUCCUCCAGUGGUCUUAAGACUACUAUGGUUAGUGGUCAGCCAGGUCCCAGGUCUGUUUUUUUUACAACUACUAAAUUUGUUGGGGCUGCAAGUGUAACCAAUCAUGCUGUGCGUGCCAAUUCUCCCACUACCGUCCAAACAGCUUUUGUUUUACCGCAAACUAGAGGGAAUGAAAAACAAAUCAUAACGUCUAUAUCACAUCAGAACCCACCGACGUUGUUAUUUCGACCCACUUCACAGCAAGUUCAAUCUUCACUGUUAAAUCAGCAACAGAUUAAUCUCGUAAAAGGUGUACACCCACCUCAACUGCAGUCUCAUCGACCGUCAAUUACUGCAUCGUUCCUUCCUCGUGAAUUAAUGUCUCAGCAAACAUUUAUGGCACAAUCUUUACCUCGACCGCAAAACCCAUUUUCAGAUGGGUCAGUUUUAGCUCUUCAUUCUGUUGCACAAACAGUUGGUACAUCACUCAGUUUAACUAAUACUGCUCAAACUGUCAGUGUGAUAAAACAGCAGGCUAUACAGAGCGUUUCGAAAGAUCCAAAUAAGCCUUUUACGUCUAUAACAGAUAUUUUGUCUGGAAAAGAAGUUAAAGCAGAACCGAUUGAUAUAGCUUCUCAACCUACUACAAUUGUUAAUGGUGCAAAACCACUUUCGUUCUCGACUGCAGCAGUUAGCGCUGGUCAAACAGUUGUUGUGGUGGGGCAUGAUUCAAAAAUAUUAAAGAACCCUACUGAGGCGUUACACGCAGCUAAAAGGGCGUACCCGCACGCAGCUUCGAUACAUUCAGAACAGAAAAAAAUAAAACUAUCUGGAGUGAAAGAAGAGAAGCCAGUUGUAAAAGAGGAACUAGAGUCUGUUAUUAUUAGUACCGGGAAUAAUUUCAGUAAGUCAUUUGUUGGAAACAAUUUCACAAAGCAAGACAUUAUUGUAGCCGUGCCAAAAACAUUGACGUCUAUAACGACCGCGAAUUUUACACAGGGAAAAGAAGUACCUUUGUAUGAAGCUACAAGUGAAACAAAAGGUCUUCCAACUGAUACUGAUAUCAAACCUGUUAUGAACAUUUCCACAACUUCCUAAAAAGAUAUAGUGAUAUCAAACAGUGAGCGUUGUGGUUUAAAGCGCUUCAAGACUUCCGCAAGGUUAAACAAGAACACAUACGCUGGUGAAUGCGUACGUACGUGAAUAAAUUCGUACUAGAGUAUUUCAAAACCAAAAAUCCUGUGCUCAUGAAAAGCUGGAUAUAUGAAUUGUUAUAUAAAUUGUUCAUCCGGCAAAUUAACAUUUAGCGUAACCGGAUGGAAGUUUUUGAAAUUCUUACGGUUCCAAAGAUAUUUUUAUUGUUCCAAAAAGAUAAAUUAAUAGAGAUGUUUUUAGUAUUGUAUUAGUUAUGUGUUAUCCUCCUCAAUUUUUGACAACAACAACCUUUGCUUUACAAAAUGGUGGUUUCGAGUGCUUCCUCGUAGAGUCUGGUUUGUUGUCGAGGUAUUUCAUCGCUCUAAAGUUUGCUGGCAAACGCUGAUGAGGGUAAACUAUAGUAGACAUUUUUUAAAAAAGAAAUACGGAGACGAUGCCGUAUUUAUGUAUAUGUGUCUAUGAUGUCCAGAAAACUGAAGAGAAGUCAAAUGUGCAUUCAAUCAAAUGUCACGAAUUUUCUUAAACUAUAAUGUAUUUUUUGAGAUUCUGUGAUGGUUUGAGGUGAAAUUUUAUUACUUUUUUGAUUAGUAUUGGUUAGAAGUUUUGGAUCCUGUGAUCAGCGGACAACUGAGAAAGAUCUAAAGUAUUAUUACUUUUAAUAUUUACUUACUGAAGAAAACCUUCAUGGCAGUACUUUGUCGAACAUAAAAACACUUUGUUCCGAUUAAGUAAAAGAUCUUAAGAAACUCAAGUUAGAAGGUUGUGUUUUUAGAACAUUAUUUAUAAUUUAUAUUGCAUUAUUCGUACUAAUUUGCGCGCACCGAAAAUUAAUAAAUUUCGCGCAAAUAAGUUCUGCGCUAGAUUAAAUUCUUUCACAUUGGAGCCAAGCUCCUCAAAACUCCUCAAUUCUCCUCAAUUUUGAAAGCCUUUUCAAUUCUCCUCAAUUUUGAAAAGUCUCCCCAAAUCUCCUUAAUUCACCUGAAUUUUAGUGUUUUAAAACUCACCAAUUUUCCUCAAAAACUUUUCACUCACUUUUUCAUUUAACUAAACUAUCUGGAACAAAUACAUAAAAAGUUUACAUAGGUGCAACGAAAAUUAAUUUUUUCAUACUAUCAAAUCAAUUUCUGUAAAAAAAAACGAAAAUCUCCUCAAAUUUCAAUUCUUUCUAUGAAAAUACCGUUAGAGUGAUAACUCUGUCCCACAGGUAGCAAGUAGAACCAUUCAAAGCUCUUUUUCUUCAUAACAAUUUGCAGGUAAUAUAUGUAUUCAAUUGCUUGCAGGAUCAAACUUUAUUGCGCAAAAGCGCCAAUAUUAGUGCGGAUGAGGUAGCAGUCAAAAUUCAUUUAGCUCGUCUUGUGGAUGGCAAUCAAAAUAAAUUUUCAUGUCCCCUUUGUUUUUAUGACGUCAAAAAAUCAUAACAUUCUUUUUUAUCCAUGUUCCUGUGUUCUUUUUAACAAUUUUUAUUUAUUUAAAGCUUUAUCUUGUCUGUUUGUAUAUAUUUAUACGUAUAUAUUGUGAGCAAAGAGUACUUCAAGGUUGUCAUUGAACGAUGUGCUAC